AUGUCAUCGUAUACAUUUUCACAAAAAGUGUUUACACCUAUACCUCCAGAAAAGGGUAGUUUUCCACUCGACCAUGAGGGUAUUUGCAAAAGACUUAUGAUCAAAUAUAUGCGCUGUUUAAUUGAGAAUAAUAACGAAAACACGAUGUGUCGUGAUAUUAUAAAAGAAUAUCUUUCUUGUCGAAUGGAUAAUGAGCUUAUGGCACGAGAAGAAUGGUCUAAUCUUGGUUUUUCUGACGAGGUCAAGGAGACAUAACAGCAGGGAUUUAUUACUAAUCGAUUGUCGCAAAGUUGUAGAUCACUGUUUUUAUCACUUGAAUGGUAUUUAUGAACUUUUUCGCUGGUGAUUCUUAUUUCAUCUUAGAUAAAACUUAUAUGGAUUUUAAAGUGAAUUUGUAAAUUUGUAGCGACAUAUAACUUAUGUACGUAUUUUAUGAAUUAUAAAUAAUACAUGCAUUUAUUCAAUAUGAUUUUUGAAUAAUGAUACAAUAUUAGUAGAGAAUUCUUUUUAAUAUUCAAUCCAAUUAAAGUGAUCUCAGUCCAAAAAAAGGCUUCAGAGCAAAUAUUAAAUAUUUAAAAUAAAUUAAUAAUAUAAAUAUAUUCAGUCUAGAAAUCUAAGAAGAAAAGAAAUCAUUAAUAAAAGUACUUUUAUUAAAUGUAGUUUAUUGUUAAUUGAUGUGAUUUAGGUAUCUUAUAUCAGAUGGCCUAAAAUAUUUAAUAUAGCUAUAACUGAAAGAGUUAAGCUCAUUUCAUCUUGAUAUCAUUCAUAGAAGAAAAAUAAAUUUUAUAAAUAAAAAAUAGUGAAUAACAAAUCAUUAGGAAGAAAAA